AUGGAAGCCAAUGUCUUAACCCUUGCGAUGUCUUCAGGCAAAAUCCCUCAAGCUACGGAGACUCGGCCCUGGGGAACUCCACUCGGCCGGAAUCCAUUCUCGGCAGUUGCACUAGCUCCCUAUCUCCAUGUAUCGAGGCUCCAACAUCAGCAAAAUCCCUCAAGCUACAGAGACUCGGCCCUGGGGAACUCCACCAGGCCGGACUCCAUUCUCGGCAGUUGCACCAGCUCCCUAUCUCCAUGUAUCGAGGCUCCAACAUCAGCAUCUCCCUUUGAUCCCAGCAGAAUGAUUGGUAUCAUUAGAAGGAAGGCAUUGAUUAAAGACUUGGCUGCUGUAUACCAUGCUGAGUGCCUCACGUACUGUCAGGAACUUUUAGAACUUCAAAGUAAAGUUGAUGAGCCGUAUACAGAUACAACAGAGACAAAAACUCCAUUAGAUUCGAGGAAAGAAAAGAUGAGGCCACCCAAACGCCUGAAAAAGUCCCUUUUGUUGAUGAAACUAGAUCUAUCUACUUGCCAUUUAGCAGAGAUUUACGUUCUUAAUGCUUAUAUACUUUUGGGCCGUUGCAGGGUGCAGGAUGCGGACAGCUUACAGAAAUUUGUCUCACCAUUCGUUGCUAAAACAUUGGUAGAUGUUAUUCGAAAGGAUGAGCGUCUCGUCCCACUAGCAAGCCAAGCUAAAUCGACUCAUGUCCGAAGUGAGCUGAGGGAGCUGAACUGUGUACAGCUUAAAGGAGUGAGAUAA